AUGUCCACACGACCAGAUCAGCUGGUAACGCCAUCCGAAAAGCGGCGUCGUAUUGACCGCGUCGCUGCAGCAUGCGAUUUGUGUAGAAGGAGAAAAGUCAAGUGCGACGGUGAAUUACCAUGUGCAUACUGUGUACGCAAAGAGCGUGAAGCUACAUGUACAUUCAGCGGUUCAACUCCACUAAAUCAAGCUCACUCGGUGGUGGAAUCUCCAACUAUACGCGCUCAUACUGACAGCUCGUCUUUUCGUCGCAUCCUAUCCGCUGGCCAUACGCCGGAAAACCGAGAACACAAUGUUCGUGAAAACAACUCUCAAGGAUCACGAUACCAGCAUGAAGCCGCAGAAAUUACAACAUCACUCUCACCUACACUGAGUAGAGACGACCAACAGGGCGAUACCGCGGUCCCUCUGGAAGGCCGUAUACUUCGUGACGCACAAGGCAAACUAAUCUUCAUCGGCGAUUGCGCCCCACUGUCCUUUCUGCAAACGGUCAAACAUCUCAUCACAUCCGAAGUCGAUUCGGGAGUUUCGGUGCAGGCCGCGAGGGAUCCCAUUAUCGAAAUCACGCGUCCCCCAUUGGCCGGCCAACAACAAUGUCCACCCAUUGAGUUGCAACAUGUAGAUGCCCUAGUCCAAGAGUACAUUGCAGCCAGCAGUGGUCUCGUACAGUUAUUUCAACGCGAAGAUCUAUUACCAGAACUGAAAAACUGGGCGAGCAACCAGGCGUCUAGCCCAGACGAUGUCGCUGCCGCUGUCUUCUAUCUUGUGCUCGCUAUCGGUGCUCAAGACAAGUAUGAAGACAAGGCAGAGGCCUGGUUCAAACACGCGCUCAACAUACUUCUAAAGUUCAUGUGCAGUAAUAUGAACGUUUCUACCGUUCAGGGCUUCACAUUAGUAGCUAUUUUUAUGCUUCGCGCGUCGCAGCCAAAUGGUGCAUAUUUGUACUUUUCCUUGGCUGCACGUACUGCAUACGCAAUUGGCCUCCACAGAACCGAAGUCAACGCUUCUUUCGGCGAGAAUAUCAGAUCGGUACGCGACCGUAUUUGGAAGAGCUUGCGCGUCAUUGACCAACUCAUCAGCAAUGUCCUAGGUCGACCACCCUCCACAUCUGAUGUGGACUGCACUGUCAAAUACGCCAAUCCUGAAAACAUACGGUCUGAUACCAGUGCCAACAUACUGGAUGCGAGUGUGCAAAUCUUCAUGAUUGUCGAACGUGUCGUUGUCGAAGUGUACUCUCGCAAGCGGAUAUCUCUACGGAUCGCCGACUACGUCUCGAGGCAACUGAAAAACUGGGCGUCCAAAUGGCUCGGAAAUCUCUCAGAUAUUACAGCUCGACAACCAUCUCGUGAGGCAGUAGUUGGCGCCUGCUCCACUUUAUGCUCCUACUACUAUGGCAUAAUGCUAUUGACACGGCCAUUCCUUAUUUACGAACUUUACGAGUACAUGGGCGCCUCACUCAAGAAUGGAGGCACUCCUGCUGAUCAUCAAGAGAAGCGCAAAUAUGCGGAUGCUGCAAUUGACGCGGCUUCAGUAUUGAUUGAUACAUUAGAGGUUUUAAUAAAAGCAGAUCAAUUGCCACGCAGGAUGCCCUUGGUAGUAUCUUGGCUCUUCACUGCCACACUGGUUCUAGCUGUCGGUAUUCUCGGGAACUCUGGCCUUCUUUUAGAGGAAAGCUGUAAAGAUGCAAUUGCCUGCAUGGACUAUUUUGGUGCGGUUGAUCAUCAUGCUCGUCAAUACUCGCAUGCUGCUCAGUCCCUGCUCAAAAUUACAACUGCACACGCGAAGAAAAGGGAACUACACUUGCGCCGAAAGCGGAAGCAAGCUUCCUCUGAAUUGUUUGGUCUGUUACCAUCGGAGCAAACCCCUCGAGCCCAUCCAAUCGAAGGCCCUCAGCCACGACCGGAGCCCGGCUUGCCAUCCUCCACACAAGCUACUCUGCAAAACCCUCCUGCACAAGCUCCGCUUGACUGGACCAUCUAUGACGCCGACUUCUUUGCUCUACCGUGGCCUAGUGAGAAUGACCAAGGUCUACAGGAUUUCCUCCAACCAGGCACCUAUAAUCUGGACGGUGCGUCUGUGGCGGAUAUACCGCUCUUCCCUAUCCAUAAUCAACAGAUGGGCAACACCUUCUUCCCGUAG